GUAGGAAUUUACCUUUCCAAAUGCACUCUUUAUAUUUUUCUCUGGUUAAAAGAAAAGUAGUACCUUCUAAACUUGUGAUAUAAAGCAAACCGAAGAUUCGGUGAAUUCAACAUCUUUUGACUUGAACACAGCCAAUUCUUAAUGAUGGAAGAAUUGUUCAACAAGCAGAAAGAAGAGCAUAAAGGGCUCCAAGCUCAAAUUGCUUCCCUUAGGAAACAAACAAAAGAAGGAAAUAAGAAACAGAAGAAGCAAAUCCAGCAAAAAAUUGCGGACAUGGAAGCUGAUUUGUCUCAAAGGCACGCUCAGGAAAGAACAGACCUUGAACGGACCCUACAGCCAGAGGAAAGCAAUGAUCAAGAUGACCUUGUUGCUACAUUGCUAAAACAAAUGGAAUCAACGGAUUUAAACAGUCCCCCAAAGUCGUCUGAAAAGCCAAAGGGUGAAGCAGUAGAACAACCUAAAGGACCCAAAAAAUCCAGGAAUCGUCAAAAAGAACGUCUUGAGCGCAAGAAAGCGGAAAUGCGACAAAUGAGUGAACAAGCGGAAACGGAGCAUGCGAAUACCGUGGACAAACAAAAGAUAGAAAAGGAUAAGCUUUCGAAAAUUCUUUCAGAUUCAGGAUUGGUUGCCUUUGAUAUAAUUCCGGACGGCCACUGUUUAUUUGCAUCAAUAUCGCAUCAGCUUAACUAUCAUUUUAAUAUAAAGUUGAGCUAUCAACAGCUUCGCGACCAUGCUGCAAGCUAUAUUUCCAAACAUGGAGAUGAAUAUUCUGGGUUUUUACUCGAUGAAGACACGGGAGAAGUAAUGUCGGUUGAACAAUAUUGCAAUGAGAUUUCGACAACGGGAAAAUGGGGAGGCGAUAUUGAAAUCCAAGCGCUUUCAAAUGAUCUAAAUGUUCCUAUCCAUGUAUAUAAUACUAAUGGCCCUGUAAUUAAAUUCGAACCUCAGGAUGUGAAGCACACGACGCCUGUAUGCAUCGCAUAUUAUCAACAUUUAUACGGAUUGGGUGCUCAUUAUAACAGCUUGAUAUACAAUAAGUGAAGGUUUAACGAACAGGCAUAUAGUCAACUUUAAAAACGAUGGUUUCCUUGGGAUUAUGUUUUGUUAGCACUAGGCACUAAUUAAUAUAUUUUAUUUAUAUUGGGAUACUUGCAGUGAUUCGCACUAAGAUAUCUAAAAACAGCUACUAAAUAUGGCUAUUGAGGAAGAAAGAAAUAAAAAUUACUUUGACAUUUGGUGAUUAUUAUGAGUAAGGAGGAAGCUGCUCCUCAUGUUGAUUGGGCUUUGAUGGUAACUGCUGUUGCGAUGGAUUCAAGUUACUAGGUUGAGAGGCAGGUUGCGGAAUCAUCAUUCCUGGAUAGGGAAACUGCGCUCCUUGAAAUCCUUGUAAUCUCGCACCUUGGAGACGGGGUUCGUCCUGUUUUUUCUUUUCAAUUAAGUUUUUGUUGGAAGGCUCCCACCAUCCACAAACAGAGCAUCGAAGGGCCUGUAUCCGUGUCAGCUUGGGUCGAUUUGUGUUGCAAAAAAACUUCACAGCCAAAGAGAUAUGAACUUACUUUUGUCGUAUAGACAGGCAGAAUUGGUAGAACAAUAAUGGACAGUGUUUUCCAAUGUCGACAAACACGAACUAUUGUAUUGAGGUAUUAAUAAUGCAUUCGUUAAGAUUUUCGUUGACAGACUGAAGCACAGAUGAGAUGUUCAAUAUCAUACCUGAUUUGUUUAGACUAGAGAUGGUUAGUAACUAGCGUCCAUCAAGG